AUGGCCAGUGCUGAGUACAAGCAUUCCAUUUUAUGGCGCGGAGAGGACCCAACAAAGACCCGAUUCAAGCCGGCCUAUGACGGAACGAAGAGAGUCGAAAGGUACCGGCCUGGACAAGUGCCAGUGUGGGUCGAAGAAGGCAAGAAACCACAACGCAAAGCACGUGAGCCAGAGAAGCCUGAAGAGGAUUUGCGCAAGGCCAAAAGGCGGCGGCAAGCAGCCGCUGUGGUUUUGGAGGCCUCAGAUAGUGCCAGCAGCCGCUUGGCUCGUUUGCAGCGGUCUGAAACCGCAGGGGAGGCAGGGGAGGCCAGCGCAGCGAGGCUGCCACGAGAACGCCGAGUUCAAGAGGCAGUCAUCCUGGAGGACAAAGAGAAGGAUGAGAGCAAGGAUGAGAAGUCCGAGCUCUUUAAAGAGGAGGAGUUAGAUAUUGACCUCAAAGAUGGAGUGGCAGAGUUGAACUACGACGAGAUCGUCGGAUCAGGGGACGAAGAUGUUGAGAUUCAAUAUAUUCGUCGUGAGAAGGCUCGGGAACUAGCCCUUUCAAAAAGGAAGAUUGAAGAGGACGUGCUGAAGGCUGAGCUGGAGGAGGAACAGGAGGAAGUUGAUGAGGAGGAGAGUGAAUAUGAGUCCGAAUCUGAUGAUAAUGAUGCCAGGCGCGGUCCGCUCAUGAAGCCUGUCUUCGUCUCGAAGUCCAACCGUGAAACUGUGAGAGAGAAGGAGCAGAUUGAGAAGGAAGAGGAGGAGGCUCGAAGAAAGAAAGAGGUCCGACAACUCGAACGCAAGGCUGAGUCAAAGGUUCUGCUCAUUGACAGGAUCAAUGAAGAAGCUGAGGCUGAGAGGUUGGCAGAGGACAUGGACGACAGAUCUGACAUCGAGCUGUUGGAUGACGACGAUGAGAAGAAUGAGGCUGAAGAGUACGAACUGUGGAAGAUACGAGAAUUGAAGCGCAUCAAAAGGGACAGGGAGGAGAAGCUUCAGAGGCAAAAGGAGAUCGAGUUCGUUCUGAGGCGACGUGAGAUGACUGAUGAAGAACGUGCAAGAGACGAUGCAAAGCUAGACGCUGCCAAUCCCAAGAGAGCAGAUGUCAAACAGUUCAAUUUCCUGCAGAAGUAUUACCACCGCGGUGGCUUCUUCCAGGACAAAGCUGUCUCAGGAGAGGAAGCGCUGUACCUGCGCGACUACCAUGAGCCCCUGGAGGAAGAAAAGUAUGACAAAAACCUCUUGCCAAAGGCCAUGCAGUUGAGGCGUGGUGAGUUUGGCAAGAAGGGCCAGGUCAAGCACUCCCACCUCACUGAUGUCGACACAACAGACAUGUCAGCCGCAUGGGCACAGAGCUCCAAGGUUGUACAGAGGUACCAGGAGAAAAUGGCAGCUGCAAAGGGGGUGGUGAACUUCGAGCGUCCAUCGUUGAAAAAGUAG